UUGGCCUUUUCUCUCUGUUCUUUCCUUUUGCCAUACCCUCUUUAGGACUCCACUGGUGUCAUUAAGGGAUCCCAUCCCAUGGCCAAUUACUCUGGGGAGUCCGGAUUUCUGCCUUGUGAGUCCUGUGACAUGGUUUUCCGCUCCUGGGCUUUGUUGGCCACCCACACCCAGCGAUUCUGCAUUGGUCGGCUGACUCCGGAGGUGACACAGCCUUCAGUAGCCAUGGAACAACGGGGCACCACGAUUGUGGCACAAGAGCAACAGAGCCAUCCAGAGCAAGAAGAGGCCAGUAAAUCUGCUCUAAAGAGGUUGGCAGAGGAGGUGCAGUUGCUGAGACUGUCCCUAAAGGAAAUGCGCCCCUGGGCGACUGAGGGUGCCACCUCGCAGACUGCAGGGAGCCCUGGCGAGAGGCUGCGUACAUUGCAGGGAACCCGCGCUAGGCGCGUGGCAGAGACAGAAGCGCAAAGCCAGGCCCUGGAGCGCCGCGGAGAGGAGCUAAAACGGCGCCUCCUUGGCGUAGCGGGACCCAUGGGAGGACUACUCGCGCCAUUCGGCCUGCAGCGCGAGCUCCGAGAACUCAAGGCAGAGGCCGGCCGGACACGGGGCGCUCUGCAAAGGCUGGGGGCGCGCAUAUUAGCGCUACAGUCACAGCCCGGCAUCCAAAGGGACUCUUUUAAGGAAGCAGAGAGCUGUUGUCCGCCAGUGCCGGUCAAGCCAGGAACACUGUCUGCAGAGAUCCGGGCCCUACGUGAGGCCUACGUGCGCGGUGGUGGCCGGGACCCCGGAGUUUUGAACAAAAUAUGGCAACUGCAAGUGGAGGCAUCAGCCCUGGAGUUGAGGCGGUGGCAGAAUCGCAAGGAAAAAGUAACUGCUAUCUCUGAGGAGCUUCUAGUGGUGGAAGCCGAAAACCGGCUCUUGGAGGCAGAAAUACAGGCCUUGCAGAAGAAGGGCCUGAGUCUGGCGCUCUGGGGACCCAGGGAGCCUCAGCUCCUAGCUGAUCCCUGGCCACAUCUGAGUAGAAGGGGCGAUAAGUCCUUCCUCCUUCCACCAGUUGCACUCCCAAUGCCAAGUUCAACAAAUGUCCAGAAUUUCCAUGGCACUUCAACAUCUAUACUUAAUGGAACCAUGACAAGGACCUUAGGUCUGGAUCGCCACUUCUUCCUACCAGCAUCCGAUGUUCUAGGCCCUGCACCAUAUGAUCCUGGGGCUGGCCUUGUCAUUUUCUAUGACUUCCUAUGGGGCCUUGAGGCUUCUUGGGUUUGGGUGCAGCUAUUGACAAGAUUGGCCCAGGAUGGACAGAAUACAGGAGGGACCACAGCAUUGCCUCCAGCCCUUUGCUUACCACCACCGUCAGCUCCUGGACCUAUGGGCAACUGUGCCAUCCUUGCAAGCAGGCAGCCUGUACCCAGAUUGCCUCCAUCACCACUGGUAUCUUUGAUCUGUGAACUACAUGCCUGGCAGGGUGUUACAUGGGCACCACAACCAAAGGCUUGGGCCUCACUAUUGCUGUUUGACCAAGAUAAUCAGAUGCUUAGUGGGCGUUGGCGCCUCCCACUUCAGGUCCUUCCUCCUAAUUCCAACCUCAGUCUUGGCCAGAAUGAAAUUCCCCAGGUAUGUGUGGAGGGUAGGGACUGGGUCUACUCCAAGAUUCAGAUGGAGUACCACUCUUCCUUUUCCCAGGCAGGUCAAGCUGAGCUCUUUCUGAGACUGGUGAAUGCAAGAGACGCAGAUGUCCAGACAUUGGCAGAGAUCAAUCCAGCAAGUGCCCAUGAGUACCAGUACCCACCACUGGUAUCCAAUCCAUCUUCACUGGAAACUAGUUCCUUCUCCCACAAUUCUGGCUUUGUAGACCCCCAGCCUUCCACAGAAGAGGCUUUCGUCAGUGUCAAGGAUGAAGAUGAGCAUUUGAGACCCCACCAGUUUUGACCCAAACCCACCAAGUUUUUGAGACAGAAGGCCUAGUUCUAGUCUUGUAGCUUUUUUUCUUUUCGUUUUUCGAGACCAGAUUUUUCUAUAUAAUAGUCCUAGCUGUCCUGGAACUUACUCUUGUAGACCACACUGGCCUCAAACUCAAUAAUCAACCUGCUUCUGCCUCCCGAGUGCUGGGAAUAAAGGCGUGCGACACCACCACCCAGCCUGGCCUGCAGUUUGUUUGUUUGUUUGUUUUUUUAAAUAAAGCCUUAGAUA